AUGUUAUUUGGAGUCAAGUUGGCUACUGAUAUGUAUCCUCCUUGGAAGGAGUCCUAUAUUAAUUACGAUGGUUUAAAAGAGUUAUUAAAGGAAAAUAGUGAUAAUCUUCCUCCCACUAGGUCCCAUAUCUCACGAGAAAAUAUUUGGACUGAUGAUGAUGAAAAUAAAUUUGUUGAUGUUUUGGAUAAGGAACUCGAGAAAGUUUAUAGUUUCCAAUUAAAUAAAUAUAAUACACUAAUGAAUAAAUUGGAUCAAUUGGAGAAACAAACAGACUCUGAAGAAAAGAUUAAAACUUUGAACUCUGACACCUUCAAACAACUUCUAGAAUCUUAUCUUAAUGAAGCACAGGAACUCGAUAAAUUUACAAGACUUAAUUACACUGGGUUUGUUAAGAUCGUCAAGAAACAUGAUAAAUUACAUCCUAAAUAUCCCUCUGUCAAAUCUCUAUUACAAGUUAGAUUAAAAGAAUUGCCAUUUCAUUCGGAAGAAUACUCUCCAUUAUUAUAUAAAAUAUCAUUUCUCUAUAACAUUUUAAGAGGCAAUUUCGGUACUGUAUCCAAAUCAUUAGCAAAUAACUCUAAGUUGUCAAAUGUUGGGUCUAUUGAUGAUAUUCAAAUGGAAUUUCAAACUUUUAAAUUUUGGAUCCAUCAAGACAAUUUAAUGGAAGUUAAAACAAGGAUCUUGAGACAUCUGCCUGUGUUACUUUAUUCACCUGCUCCAAAUGAAAAUGGUGAUUUGGUUGAUAAGUUUGAAAAUGAUAUCUUUAAUUCCUAUAAGUACAAUGACAAGGAGAUUGAUAACGAAAGUGAAGGUCAAAAUAGUUUGACAUCUAAACCAAAAUCCUUUGAUCCAACCAUAACUGUUGUUUAUUUCGAUAAUGAAUAUUUUGAAUUGUAUAAUAAUAAGCUGUUGAAAAAUAGCUCUGCUCCUACUUUAAGACUGAGAUGGAUCGGCAAAUUGAUUGAUAAACCAGACAUUUUUUUGGAAAAAAGAGUCUCUAUUGAAAAUGAGGAUGGUAAAAAAGAUUUUGAUGUUACAAAAUUGAAAAUGAAACAAAAAUAUUUAAAUGGUUUCAUUUUUAAUAAUGAUAUUAAAUACAAAGAAAAAAUUUUGAAAAGAUUGAAAGAUAAUGGUACUGUGGAUAAUCAACUGAAUAAAGUUUCAAAUGAAUUUGAUGAAGUACAAAGAUUCAUUAUUCAAGAAGAAUUACAACCUAUAUUAAGAACAGUUUAUCAUAGAACCGCAUUUCAAAUCCCAGGUGACGAUAGAGUAAGAAUUACAAUAGAUUCUGAUAUCUCAUUUAUCAGAGAGGAUUCAUUUGAUAAACAAAGGCCUAUAAGGGACCCAAAGAAUUGGCACAGGACAGAUAUCGAUUCAGACGUUACUAAUCCAAUGAAAUUAUUAAGAAAAGGCGAAUAUGCAAAAUUUCCAUUCUCUGUCAUGGAAGUCAAAAUUAAAAAUCCAUACAAUCAUGUAUCAAACAUCUCUGAUUCUAAUGAUCCUAAUAUUAAUGGAUCUAAUUUCGCUAAUAUUAAAUUGCCAACAAAACAUGUUCAAUGGAUUAACGAAUUAACAAAUUCGCAUCUAGUCAAAGAGGUUCCAAAUUUUUCUUUAUUUAUUCAAGGUGUGGCAUCUUUGUUUAGUGAUUAUGAAAGACUUGAUAUUCUUCCAUUUUGGUUGCCGGAUAUUGAAAAUGACAUUAGAAGAAACCCAUCUCAAGCUUAUGAGGAAGAAAAGAAAAAAUUGGAAAGACAGAAGGAAAUUCAGGCCAAAUUAGAUGGUAUGCGAAGAUUAUCGAAGAUCCAAAAAAUUUCACCAUCGGUAAAUAGAUUUGAAGAUGAAGCCGAUAGAUUACGGUUAUAUGAAGCUGAGAAUGCAGAUUUAGAAGAUCAUGAGUCAUCUGAGGAAGAUGAAGCAGAAGAAAUUCUAAGUCUAUCGAAGAGGAAGAGACAAAGACAAGAACCAACUUUUUUUAAAAUCUUGACAGGAAGAGAUGCAAAAUUAAUUGGAGUGGAUUCUGAAGAUGAGGAAAUUGAAUUACCAAAAGGAGUCAAAAAGCCAACCAGCUAUGUUAAAAAUGCAGGACCCGUUAAAGUUGAAGCAAAGGUCUGGUUAGCAAAUGAAAGAACAUUUAAUCGUUGGUUAAGUGUCACAUCAUUGUUGAGUGUUUUAACCUUUUCGAUUUACAAUUCAGUCAGGAAGGCUUCUUUCCCACAAUUAGCAACCUUUUUAGCAUAUAUUUAUUUUAGUCUUACUAUAUUCUGUAUCUUAUGGUCAUACAGAACCUAUUUAAAAAGACUUCACGUCAUUCGAGAAAGAAGCGGACAACAUUUGGAUGCCCCACUGGGCCCGAUUGUCAUAGCAAUUGUCCUUUCAUUGACAUUAAUUAUUAAUUUUAUUGUUGCAUUUAAAUCAGCUGCAGAAGAGAGAAUGAAAUUAUUUGAACUGAAUUUUAAUUUGUCUGAUCAUGUAGUACCAGCAAGAUUAAAAAUGAUCGAACAAGGUUUAUUCAGGUUGGUGAAAUAUAUUUCUUAA